AUGAGUCGUGGUAGUGGAGGUGGCUACGAUCGUCACAUAACCAUUUUCUCUCCGGAAGGUCGUCUUUUUCAAGUCGAGUAUGCGUUCAAGGCUGUGAAGGCAGCUGGAAUAACCUCGAUUGGUGUGCGUGGGAAGGACUCGGACAAGCUUUUGGAUCAGACUAGUGUGACCCAUUUGUUUUCUAUUACCAAGUACCUUGGACUGUUGGCUACUGGCACGACAGCUGAUGCAAGGACCUUGGUCCAACAAGCCAGGAAUGAGGCUGCUGAGUUUCGUUUCAAAUAUGGAUAUGAAAUGCCUGUGGAAGUAUUGGCCAGAUGGAUCGCAGACAAGUCUCAGGUUUAUACUCAACAUGCCUACAUGAGACCCUUAGGAGUAGCUGAUGCAAGGACCUUGGUCCAACAAGCCAGGAAUGAGGCUGCUGAGUUUCGUUUCAAAUAUGGAUAUGAAAUGCCUGUGGAAGUAUUGGCCAGAUGGAUCGCAGACAAGUCUCAGGUUUAUACUCAACAUGCCUACAUGAGACCCUUAGGAGUAGUUGCUAUGGUUUUGGGUAUUGAUGAUGAGAAAGGACCUCAACUAUUCAAGUGUGAUCCAGCUGGCCAUUUUUUUGGCCACAAGGCCACAAGUGCGGGAUCAAAAGAUCAAGAGGCAAUUAAUUUUUUGGAGAAGAAAAUGAAAAACGACCCUGCUUUCUCUUUCGAGGAAACAGUGCAGACGGCAAUUUCAGCGCUGCAAUCUGUUCUGCAGGAGGAUUUCAAGGCUAAUGAGAUUGAGGUGGGGGUUGUGAGCAAAGAGAAUCCAGUCUUCAGAGGAUUGUCCACCGAGGAAAUUGAUGAGCACUUGACUGCCAUCAGUGAGCGAGACUGAUUAGGCAGAGGACCUGAGGUGGUUUUUUUUUCUAAUCACCAAAAUUUAAUGAACAACUGCGUAUCUGAGGCUGUUUUGAGGAGUAUACAUUUUGGUACUCAGAAUUCUCAAAUUUGCUUCGAUUGAUUAUGGGUUCAAGAUCAUUUGAAGUUCCCUGGCAUGUGUUAUGGGAAUCAUCAAAUUAUGUUCUUGGAUUUUCCAAACUAUUACCAGGUUAUUGAUUUAGAAUGUUCUAUUUCUGUUUAAUUGUUGUCAUGGCUUUAUUUACAAACAAAAACAUGUUAUUUAC